AUGAAGAUCGCGCGGGUUUAAGCCUACAGUCUUCCGGUCCUCCGCUGUUCGACUCGUGCGUGAGAGUCAGAGCAGCGGUCGCGUGUUCCGGUGUUCCGGUGUGACGGAGCGCGCCUGCGGGCAGAAGCGGUGAGUCAGUGCGCGGCGGAGGAUGAUGGAAACCGAAGCGCCGCUGUCUGUGACCGAGCGCCGCCGAACCGGAGACCGGGCCCGCUCCCUGUGACAUGGACUUGAGCUCGAGACCUCAACACGGCGACAAAAUCACGAGAAAACGUUACGCAGUCGACGCAGGAGCGGCGCGUUCUGCUCUGUCGCAUUCUCUCCUCGCGGCGCAUCCAUUAUUUACCGAACCUCACGGGAUAUUCACCGGUAAACACUAAGCGGCGUGGACUUUACACACACGGAUCAUCGUGUGACUGCGCUGACAUUAUUCCAUCUUCACUUAAAACGAAGAAAAAGAGGAAAAUAUGAGCGAGCAGAGCAUCUGUCAGGCCCGCGCCUCAGUCAUGGUCUAUGACGACACCAGCAAGAAAUGGGUGCCGAUCAAACCGGGUCAGCAGGGCUUCAGUCGAAUCAACAUCUACCACAACACCAGCAGCAGCAGCUUCCGCGUGGUGGGAGUCAAACUGCAGGACCAGCAGGUGGUCAUCAACUACUCCAUCGUGAAGGGUCUGAAGUAUAACCAGGCCACGCCCACCUUCCACCAGUGGCGUGACGCGCGGCAGGUGUACGGACUCAACUUCGCCAGUAAAGAGGAGGCCACCACCUUCUCCAACGCCAUGCUGUUCGCCCUCAAUGUGCUCAGCAGCCAGGAGCCAGGUCCAGCUGUUCAGCGUCAAGUCCAGAAUGGGCCGGGUUCAGAAGAACUGGAGGUCCAGAGACGGCAAAUGGAAAUGCAGCAGCAGCAGAUGAACAUUGAGCGAGAGAGACGGUCGUCUAACUCAGGUUCUCCGUUUCAGGGUCACCCUGCGGUGCUGUCUGUAGCUCCUCCCAUCGUGGCUCCGCCUCCUCUGUCGAUGGGCGGUCCCUGUCCUCCUCCCCCUCCCCCGCCCGGGCCGCCGCCCCCCUCAGCUGGAGCUCCACCCCCUCCUCCACCUCCUCUGCCUGUGGGUGGAUACGGUGGACACGCCCAGGAUGAUAGCCACGCCCCCACGGGUCUCGCAGCCAUGAUCGCCGGAGCCAAACUGCGGCGUGUGCAACGGCCGGAGGAGAACUCUGCGUCCGCAGCCAAGAGCGAAGCCAACCGCAGCAGCGGAGGAAGCGGAGGACUGAUGGAGGAGAUGAACGCGCUGCUCGCACGCAGGAGGAAAGCAGCAGACGAGAAGAAGGAUGGAGAAAACCAAAGUGAUGAUCCCGGAGUGAAGAAGCCGUGGGACCGAGCCAACUCCGCCGAGAGAUCAUCUCUGGUGUCCAGGGUUCGAGCCGUGGGCAGCAUCAGUGACUCGGACGCUUUAGACUUCGACCGAAUGAAACAGGAGAUCUUGGAAGAAGUGGUUCGUGAAUUGCACAAGGUGAAGGACGAGAUCAUUGAUGCCAUUAGACAUGAACUCAGUCGAAUCAGCACCACAUAAUGUGCAUCGAACCCCUGCGGAUGCUGCUGUCGCUGACGCCAGACGUUACAGCUGUAUUAAAGCACUCGUUUUAACACGUCUGCAACGUCCAGGAGCCGCAAGAUGUGUUUCUGACACUCCUUCAUCUUGGUGACAGUCUUUUCAGAAACUGAAGAAAACAGAGCAAACAUCUGGACUCCUCAUUUGUCUGCAUUAUUAUUAUUAUUAGUAUUAUUAUUAUUAUAGGUAUAGUUGUAGUAGUAGUAGUAGUAGUAGUGUUUUCAUGUAGAUAAAGGAAUUAAUAAUAAUAAUAAUAAUGAUAAUGAUGUCAUUGCACAUCUCUUCAGCAUUAGUCUUUUAUAUUUGUAUCGUUUAACUUUUCCUCAAGGUUCAUCAUGAGCACAUUACUGUUUUUAAGAGGUUUUUUUUUUUUUUUAUCCUUUUUGCCAUAAUUAUGUAUUUAAUCACCAAAGGAGGUUUUUUUAAAGAUGCAUAGGCUGUUCUGAGUUAUUAUCUAAUGAACAAACAUCACACACCAGAGUAUUUGUGAUCAUGUUGUUAAUAAAAUGUUUAUUGGCUGCGAGGACAUGGUGAAAUAUUGUUCUGUUUUAUGAUUUCUGUCUUUGACCAAGUGCUUCCUGGUUUUAAAAAAAAGAUAUACAUGACAUUCAAAAAGAAGUGAAAUAAAGUGUGAAGGUUGUGUUGGAAGAA